AUGACAAAUAUCAAAAUCCCAGCGGCUUUCAAGUUUAUUCAAAAUGAUGCCUCUAUAAGAUCUCUUCAAUCUCCUUCAACUCCUCCUCCUCCUUCUUCUCCUCAAUCACAGUCACAGUCACAAUCACAAUCAUCAACUCAUAUCUUCCUACAUAAAGCUCGAUCAUCUCCAGCUUUAUCCCCAAAAGCAACAACUUCUCAUCAUCUACAACAACAACAACAACAACAACAACAAUCAUCAUCAUCAUCAUCACCACCACCAUUACCAUCUGCAAUCCCUUCUUUUAUAGACCAACAACCUCCAUACCCCAAAUCUUUAGCCUUACUUAAACUACCACAAGAUAAUCGCUACUCAAACGCUUCUUCUUCAACUACUUCUUACUCUGAUAGAAGCUCUGCUAGUAGCUCAAUCUCUCAUCCUCAUCAUUUACUAAAAUCAACCACUACAACAACAACAACCACAUCAACAACCUCUACAACUUCUACAACUACUACUACUACAACCCCUCCAGAUGAAACUUGCUCUCUCUCAGAUUCUCUCACUUCAAAAGACCUCGCAGAAGAUAUCAUCUCAGCCUACUCAGACCAACCACAAUCAUCACAACAACCUUCACAACAACCAUCUCAACAAGAAGAAGAACAAGAAGAACAACUACCUCAAUCAAUGCCUCCUCCAAAAUCAAAUUCAGACCCUUCCAGGGAUCGCUACGGUUUCAAAAAACAAUCAUCCUACAUUUCAGAACAAGAAUACAACGCUUGGUGGGAAACAUAUUACCCCCACCUCCAACGUCGCAAAAAAAAAUGGCUCGCUUUAAUGAAGGAUAAUGGACUUUCUGUAGACCACGAUCAACCACAACGAUUCCCUCCUCCUUCGGAAAAACUAAAACGGUACAUCCGUAAAGGUAUCCCCUCCGAAUGGAGAGGAAAUGCAUGGUUCUUUUACGCAAAGGGCUCAGAAAAACUCAAUGCUAAUAAAUAUGUCUACAAUAAACUCUGCACUCAAACUGCUACCCUUAAAAACUCAGAUACUGAUAUCAUUGAGCGCGACUUGUUUAGAACUUUCCCUGAUAAUAUCCAUUUCCGCAUAGACCAAAAUGACCCAGACCUUAAAGAACCUGUUCUCAUCACCACCCUUAGACGUCUCCUCAUUGCAUUCUCUGUCUACCAACCUAAAAUCGGCUACUGUCAAAGUCUCAACUUCCUCGCAGCUCUCCUCCUCCUCUUCAUGGACGAAGAAAAGGCAUUUUGGAUGCUAGUAAUCAUCACUCAAAGAUACCUCCCAGGCGUUCACGAAGUUAAUCUAGAAGGCGUCAACGUUGACCAAGGUGUCCUCAUGCUUUGCACUCGAGAAGCCCUCCCUAAAAUGUGGAACAAAAUAGCAGUAAACUUUGAUGGCUCCCAUGACCCAAAUAUGCUUUCCAAACUCCCCCCCAUCACCCUCUGCACUGCAGCCUGGUUUAUGUCUGGUUACAUUGGAAUUUUCCCCAUAGAAACUGUUCUUCGUGUUUGGGAUUGCUUCUUCUUUGAAGAUUCUAAAACUUUUUUCCGCAUUGCUCUCACCGUCUUCAAAUUGGCUGAACCUGAUCUUGAACCCCUUCAUGAUCCAAUGGAAAUCUUCCAAGUCAUUCAAACUUUCCCUAAAAAAAUUAUAGACCCAGGAAUCCUUCUUGGAACUUGUUUUAAGCGCCGUAAUGGGAUAGGCCAUAUUUCUCAAGAUGAAAUUAAAAAAAUGCGCGAGUUUGUGCGAGCUAAACGUCAACAAGCUUCCAUAGAAGCCCUUAAACAACAGCAACAACAAUUCAUCCCAAUGAUGCACCACCAAAAAUCUGCAACUGCCCUUCCACUCCCUCAAAAUCAACAACAUGAUUUACAACAACCUGACCCUGAAUCACCUCCAUCCCUUCAACACUCAAAAUCUACAAGACUCGGCCCAAAACGCCGUAGUAACACCGCUGCAACUUCUUCACCAACACCUUCCCAAAAGGACCCCCCAUGUAACGACCUCGAGGAAUAUCUCCACUACAAGCACCCCCACGGUCGCUACUCCAAUUUUACAAAGCGCAUGAAGUCUUUAAAGAUUUCCUCUUCUCAUACAACUAGUAAUGUUUAA